AUGUCGAACGUUCAUCAGAAUCGCCGACCUUCCUUUUCGUCUUCAACGAAAUCUUCCAUAGCGAAGCGUCACGCAUCAUCGUCUUCCUCGGAAAAGAACUCUCUGAAACCAAGCUCCACCAUGGCCGUUAUGACGAAGAAACGAGUCCCACUUGGUAACAUCACCAAUCAAAAGAACGGUUCAAGAAUCCCAAAUCCAUCUUCUGAUCUCGCUAAUUGCUCGAAUAAGUCUGCGAAAUUGAAGUUAGCACAACCGAAGCCAAGCAAAGUAACUUCAGUGCCCUACGAACAUACCAAAGCGCCUUCUCCUAGCAAAUCUGAUGAUGCGUCAAUUUCUAUGGACGAGACAAUGUCUUCAUGUGACUCCUACAAGAGCCCUCAAGUGGAGUACAUCGAACAAGUCUCUUCUGUUGUUUCCAUCGAAAGGAAGGCAUUGAGUAAUCUCUACAUAACUCUCAGCCCAGACACAACUAAUACUAAGGAUAAGGUUGUCAACAUAGACAAUAACGAUGCGGAUCCACAGCUGUGUGCAACGUUUGUUUGUGAUAUCUACAAGCAUCUUCAUGCUGCAGAGACAAAGAAGCGGCCUGCUACUGACUUAAUGGAGAGGGUUCAGAAAGAUGUUAACUCAACUAUGCGCGGAAUCUUAGUUGAUUGGCUUGUUGAGGUCUCAGAAGAGUAUAGGUUUGUACCUGAGACGUUUUAUUUGACAGUGAACUACAUUGAUAGAUAUCUAUCUGGGAAUGUGAUUAGUAGACAGAAGCUUCAGUUGCUUGGUGUGGCAUGUAUGAUGAUAGCAACAAAAUACAAAGAGAUAUGUGCGCCACAAGUUGAGGAGUUCUGCUACAUCACUGAUAAUACAUAUCUAAAGGAUGAGGUUCUUGACAUGGAAUCUGCUGUUCUGAAUUACUUGAAGUUUGAAAUGUCAGCACCAACAACCAAAUGCUUUUUAAGACGCUUUGUACGGGAUGCUCAUGGAGUUCAUGAAGCUCCAUUAAUGCAGCUGGAAUGUAUGGCCAGCUACAUUGCGGAAUUAUCGCUUUUGGAGUAG